GACUUCUUCUCAUCUUCAAAUCAGCUUGUAUUUCGUUGUAAGAUGAGUCAUAGACUCAAGGAUAUUAAAGAAAGGAUAGAUGAAAUUGUAGAACAAAUGAAUCUGCUAAAUCUUGUUCAAGGGAACAUAGUUCAGAGGGAGGUGGAGAGUAGUUGGAGAGAGACUCACUCAUUUGUGUUGACCUCUGAAAUUGUGGGAAGAGAAGAAACCAAAGAGGAGAUAAUAAAGUCGUUGGUGUCAUCUGAUAAUCAAGAAAUUCUUUCCAUGGUUGCCAUUGUUGGGAUUGGGGGGUUGGGUAAGACCACCCUUGCCCAGUUGGUGUACAAUGCUGAGACAGUGGUGCAAUAUUUUGAGCCCAGAAUAUGGGUUUGUGUUUCUGAUAAUUUUGAUGUGAAGUCGUUGGUUAAAAAAAUCUUAAAAGAAGUGUGUGAGCAAGAUGUAGAAAGGUUGGAGUUGAAUGGUUUAAAAAAUCUCCUUCAUGAAAAAAUUAGUGAAAAGAGAUGCUUGCUAGUGCUGGACGAUGUUUGGAAUGAAAAUUCUGAAGAAUGGGAUCGACUGAAAAGUUUGUUGAUGGUUGUUGGAAGGGGAAGUAAAAUUUUGGUGACCACCCGACAUAGUAAAGUCGCAUCAAUAAUGGGAAUUAAUUCUCCCUUUUUGUUGCAAGGGUUGAAAGACACCCUGGCUUGGGAUUUAUUUUCAAAAAUAGCAUUCACAGAAGAACCAAAGAAAGUGCAUCCAAAGUUUGUGGAAAUGGGAAAAGAAAUUGUAAAUAUGUGUAAGGGAGUUCCGCUUGUCAUCAAAACAUUGGGAACAAUAUUGCGCCUGAAACCAGAAGAAAGUCAUUGGCUGUCCAUAAAAAAUAAUGGAAAUUUGCUAUCACUAGGAGCUGGAAGUGAUAAUGUUUUAUCAGUGUUGAGGUUAAGCUACAAUGAUUUGCCAAUCUAUUUGAAGCCAUGUUUUACUUAUUGUGUGUUAUUUCCAAAAGACUAUGAAAUUGAGAAAAACAUGUUGGUGCAAUUAUGGAUGGCACAGGGCUAUAUUCAAGCUUCAGAUGUAGGAAAUCAAUAUUUCAAAGAAUUAUUGUCAAGAUCAUUAUUAGAGGUGGCUAAAAAAGAUGUUGAUGAUAAUAUAUCAAGUUGUAAAAUGCAUGAUCUUAUUCAUGAUCUUGCACAAUCUAUUGUUGGAUCUGAAGUCCUUGUUUUAGAAGAUAAUGUGGAGAAAGAGAAGAUCUUGGACAGAGUUUAUCAUGUGUCAUUCUUUAAGAUGUCGAAUAUCCAUUGGAAGCAUUUGAAACACACAAGGACCAUUUUGAAAUUAGAUAAUUCAAUUUGCAGACCUACACUUAAGUGUUCCCGUGUGUUGAGCCUAAGUGGAAAGAUACCAAAAUCUAUAGGUAAAUUGAGUCAUCUAAGAUAUCUCAAUCUUUCAUACAAUGAUUUCAAGGUACUCCCAAAUGCUAUUACAAGGUUAUAUAAUUUGCAAACAUUAAAACUUACUGGUUGUGUAAAUCUAAAAGAAUUUCCCAAAGACACAAGGGAAUUGAUUAAUCUGAGGCACUUGGAGAAUAAUGGGUGUGGACGUUUGAGUUAUAUGCCCUGUAGGAUAGGGGAGUUGACUUUGCUUGAAAGCCUACCACUGUUUGUUAUUGGAACUGGGAGUAAAGUUGGCAGAUUGAGUGAAUUGAAAAGGCUGAACAACCUUCGAGGAAAGCUACGGAUUGAAAAGCUUGAAAACGUAAGGGAUGCUAACGUAGAAUCCGAGGAAGCAAAUUUGGGGGAAAAACAAUACAUUGAGUCCUUGGAAUUAGAAUGGUCAUAUGGUGAAGAAGCUCAGUCGGGUGAGGAUGCUGAGUCAGUGAUGGUAGGCCUACGGCCACAUCGAAACCUGAAGGAGCUUUUUAUAACAAGAUAUGGAGGUAGGGUGUUUCCAAGUUGGAUGAUGAAUGGUGGGUUGAGUUGCAGACUCCCUAACCUCAUCACAAUUAAUUUGAAAAGUUGUUCAGGAUGCCAGAUUCUACCGCCAUUUGUUGAACUCCCUCACCUCAAGUCUCUGAAGCUUCGGUAUUUAAGAAAGGUGGAGUACAUGGACUACUGUUCAUCAGGAGGGCCAUUCUUCCCAUCACUUGAGUACCUCGAACUCGAGUACAUGCCAAAGUUAAAGGAGUUGUGGAGGAGGGACUUAUCUCCAACACACCCACCUUCAUUUCCUUGUCUUUUAGAAUUAAAGCUCACAGAUUGUCUUGAGUUGGCAUCCUUGGAACUGCAUUCAUCUCCUCUUCUUUCCAAGUUAGAGAUUGAAGACUGCCAUAAGCUGACAUCCGUACUACUGCCUCAUUCUCCUCUUCUUUCACAAUUAGAUAUCUCAAAUUGUGGUGACUUGGCAUCCUUGGAACUGCAUUCGUCUCCUCUUCUUUCUCGUUUGAAGAUCUUCCAUUGCCCUAAGCUCACAUCCGUGCAAGUGUCUUCGUUACCUUGUCUUAAGGCACUAGAAUUGGGUGAAGUGAGAGAAGAAGUACUACAACAGUUGUUGGCCACUGCUUUUUCAUUGGAGUCUCUGUCUAUUUACAACAUAGAAGAUUUGGUGACUCUCCCAGAUGAGCUUCAUCAACACGUUUCCACUCUCCAUACUCUCAAAAUUUGGGCUUGCACUCAUUUGGCAACAUUCCCACACUGGAUAGGCGACCUCACCUCGCUGAAUCAGCUUUGUAUUAAUUCUUGCCAUCAAUUGCCAUCAUUGCCAGAAGAAUUCCGUUCUCUUAGAAUCCUCAAGAGUCUCACAAUUGGCAACUGGUCUGGUUUGACAACAUUACCAGAUUGGAUAGGCAGCCUCUCCUCACUUGAAUACCUUGACAUUCGUGAAUGCCCUAAAUUGACAUCAUUGCCGGAAGAGAUGCGUUCCCUCACAACCCUCCACACACUCGGUAUCUCCAAGUGUCCACAUUUAUCGGAAAGAUGCCAAAGGGAAAAUGGUGAAGAUUGGCCCAAGAUUGCUCAUGUCCCAGACAUUGUUGAUUGGGACAUUCUUUUAUGUGGAAAGCCAAUUCAGUAGAAUAACAAGUUCAGUGAGGAACUAAAGCUGGCUGGAGUUCACAUUGGCCUCCUCUUCAUGGAAGUCUCAAAAUAUCUCUGCCAGAGGUGGGACUGUGACACCUCCCUUCUCUCGAGGACUGUAAACUGUCUGUGUAGAGAACAAUGUCUCUGUCUCAGCAUAUUCAACAUGUCACAACCGUUGAGAAGAACUUCAUCUGUUAGAGAAUGAGGAUGAUAGCAACCAUAUAUUUCAGAUGUAAUUGUUGCCACAUCAAAGAAAAAGCUGAUAGUGUUGUAAGAAAAAGCAGAUAGCGUUGUGGCUGAAAUACCUCACUUUCUUUCAGUAACUGGAAAGUUAGGAUUGUCUUUUGCAGCGAUUCCACACCUCACUUUUCUCAAGCUAUUGAAACUCCAAAGCUGUUGUGUCCUAAUGUGUUUGUCUCAAGUAAUUCCUGAUCACUACCCUUGAAGCCUCAAAAGUUAUCUCUACGGUUUGGCCUUCAGUUGUUGACUGCCCUAAUAUGAAAGCAAUUCCAGAAGAGAUGUGCUGUGAGCCUACUGUCUAUGCUUAGAAACAUGCCGAAAGGAAAACUCAAAGACUGACCCCCUGAAAUUUCUCAAGUUCCCACAGUUGAUGUCGACUAGAAAUGAUGGCUGAUUCUUGAAUUGAUCUUGUUCUCUUCAAUUCAAGCAUGUCCUCUACAAUGUUUCAGGUGUUAAUAGUUUUCAAGAUAAUGCAAAAAAAGGUGAUAGUGAAGAUAGGCUGAAUAUUGCCCAUGCCUCCUGAUAUAUCUUGACAGGCUAUUGAGAGCUGGUGCAAUAGGAAAGGCUUUGCUCACUUGCUAAGGGACAAGCCCUCUUCUCUGUUCUGAUUUGACAACAUUCCCAGUCUGGAUAAGCAGGCUUACAUUACUUGCAGAGCUUCAAAUUCAUUCUUGCCCUCAAUUGAUAUCACCACUAGACGAGAUGGAUUCCCUCAGCACUCUACAAAGACUCACAAUUUGGGACCGUUUGACAACAUUGCUAAACUGUAUUGGUAGCCUCGCAUCAACUGUUCUUGUUUAGCAGCUUUAUUAGACUGAAAAAACAACUCGACCUCUCUUAAUGAGCUUCAGAAUGCUGUCAGCCUUAAAUUGAAAUCACUGCCAGAGGGGGAUGUGUGCCCUCAGCACUUCAAUGUUCUCGAAAUUGACAUGGAUGGCUGAUUCAUAAAGGAUUUCUGUUCUAUAAUUCAAGCAUGUCAUCUACAAUAUAUUUCAGAUGUAAUUGGUGUAAAUUCAAUGUAAAAAGGGAUAAUGGUGGGGCUUGGACAUCUCUAUCAGUGGAUGCAACAUUUAAUCACCUUUGAGAGGUGGAAUAAAUGUUGCAAAGAGCUUUUUUUGUCGAAUAAUGAGUUGAUGCUUCUGCUAUUGGAGCUUGGAAAUGGUAACAUUCUGGAAAUCCUUAAAAUCAUUAAUUUCUCUUGUUUUGUAACUUUACCGGACUAGAAGACAGCCUGACAUCUCUUAAUGAGCUUGAAAAUGUUGUUGGCCUGGAAUUGAAAUCACUGCCGGAAGGAAUGUGUUACUCAACACUUCAACUUUCCUGAAAUUGAUAUUGACUAGCUAUGGUACCUGAUUUAAUAGGAUUUCUGUUCUUCAAUUGAAGCAUGUCAUCUACAACAAAUUUCAGUGAGGAACUAAAGCUGAUUGGAGUUCACAUUGGCCUUGUCUUCAUGGAAGUCUCCAAAUAUCUCUGCUAGAGGUGGGACUAUGACACCUCCCCUCUCUCCAAGACAGUAAACUGUCUGUGCAGAGAACAAUGUCUCAACGUAUUCAGCUUGUCACAGCUGCUAAGAAGAACAUCUGUUUGAGAAUGAGGAUGAUGAUAGUGGCACACAAUUCAAAGGGAAGCCUCAUAACCAUUUGGAUUGGUGGCUUGACACCACUGGAAGGUAACAAUCCAUUGGCACCAUUGGCACUCUACAUAGCCUCAAAAUCUCUUAAUACAUAAGGAGAAGAUGCCAAAAGGAAAAGGACAAAUUUAUAUAUGGAUGGCUGGUGCAUGAAGGACUCACUGGUCUCUUUUAAUUCAAGUGAGUCUUCCACAAUUCCAGUUGGGUACACAAGCAAAAGAGAAUUGUUUUCCAUGCCAUUUGUGAGUGUCUGAGCCACCAUGACAACGCUGUUAUGCUGUUUGAGCCCUUCAAUGUUCCAGAGACAAAUGUUGGCCAGUUAUGGAUGGCUGAUGAAUAUGAAAAGGGUUAUCUCAAUUGCAUCACCAA